AAUAAUCUGCGCAUCCUGUAUAACGUGUGUGCAUGAAAUGAUCCAGGGACGAGACCGGCUGAAUUUUAGAACGAGUCGGCAACUAAUUUCAGUCUGAAUUACCGCCGAAUUAGACCACAUUUCACCAUAUACCUUCAACCAACGGCUAAUAUCCAGGUAUUAGCUGGUUCUUGUUCAUCAAACGAGUAUAUUCCUCUCACAAAGAAAGUGUAAUCUUAGAAACAACAUGACGGAUCCAGGCUCGCCGACGAAGCGGCCACGGCAAGACCCAAUACCCGGGUCUAGACCGGUGGGAGGGGACGACGUAUUCACAUCGCCCAUCAGAGAACAGUUGAUGCAGCACAGCACAAGUGCAUCGCACUUACAAAGACGUCAAACCUUGUCAUAUGACAUGGUGGAUACAGUGGGACAGUUUUCAGCAAGAGGAGAGGGCUUUAAUAUGGUGGGAGAAGGAAAAUGUAUUGCAGUAUUCACAAGUGGAGGUGAUUCUCAAGGUAUGAAUGCAGCUGUGAGAUCUGUUGCACGUAUAGGGAUCUAUGUUGGAUUCAAGGUCUAUGCAAUACAUGAGGGUUACCAAGGGAUGUGUGAUGGAGGCGAUCAUAUCAAGGAGCUUUCUUGGUCAGAUGUUUCUAAUAUCAUCCAGCUGGGUGGUACCGUGAUCGGGAGUGCUCGCUGCAAGGACUUCAGGGAGAGGGACGGAAGAAAGAAGGCUGCCAUGAACCUCAUCAAGAAAGGCAUCAACAACCUGGUGGUCAUCGGGGGAGACGGUAGCUUGACUGGUGCUAAUGUCUUCAGACAAGAGUGGGGCAACUUUGUAGCAGAACUCUCCAAAGAAGGCAAGAUAACUUCAGAAGAGGCUAAAGCUUGUGAAUACCUCAACGUCGUUGGCAUGGUGGGUUCCAUCGACAAUGAUUUCUGUGGUACUGACAUGACCAUAGGCACAGACACUGCACUGCACAGGAUCUUAGAGGCAGUGGAUGCAAUCAGUACUACAGCAUCAAGCCAUCAGCGCUGCUUCGUACUGGAGGUCAUGGGUCGUCACUGUGGUUACCUAGCCUUGGUUGCAGGCUUGGCGUCCGCUGCCGAUUGGAUCUUCAUUCCUGAAAUGCCACCAGAUGCUGGCUGGGAAAAUAAGAUCUGUAACAAACUGCAGCAGACCCGAGAGUUCCGUAAACGUCUGAACAUCAUCAUCGUAGCAGAGGGCGCCUGCACUCAGGAAGGAGAUCCAAUCACAGCCAACCUCAUCAAGGAUCUGAUUAUCAAGCGUCUAGGGUUUGACACCAGAGUGACUGUUCUUGGUCACGUCCAGCGAGGCGGUAACCCAUCGGCCUUUGACCGAAUUCUGGGGUGUAGGAUGGGUGCUGAAGCAGUACUGUCUCUGGUAGAUACCAAGCCUGACAUGCCAGCCUAUGUGGUAUCUCUAGACGGUAACAAGGCUAUACGGGUUCCUCUCAUGGACUGUGUUAGAAAGACUCAGGCGGUUGGUGAGGCUUUGAGAGCGAAAGACUUCAAGAAGGCAUGCUCUCUGAGAGGAAGGAGUUUUUUGAGCAAUCUAAGCAUUUACCUGACACUAUCCCGAAUCAAGCCCAAGGAGGAGGUGUGCAGCUUGGAUGGUAGACUUUGUGCUAGCAAUCACAACUUGGCUGUUAUGAACGUCGGAGCACCUGCAGCUGGCAUGAAUGCAACUGUGAGGGCGUUUAUCCGAACGUCUCUCUUCCAGGGAUAUAGGGUCUACCGCAUCACCGACGGGUUUGAAGGGCUUAUCGCUGACAAGGGCGAGGUUCAGCUAUCUGGCUGGAUGGACGUGAGUGAUUGGGUGCGACAAGGAGGUUCUCUACUUGGAACGAACAGGACAACUCCAAAGAAAGACAUGGCUGCUGUUGCAGAGAAAAUUAAGAAGUACAAUAUCCAUGCACUUCUCAUGAUUGGCGGCUUUGAGGCAUACAUGAGUGCAAUCCAGAUGCUAGAGGCCCGCAAGCAAUACCCAGAGCUGUGCAUCCCAGUGGUUGUGAUCCCGGCGACGGUCAGUAACAACGUACCAGGGACGGACUUCAGUCUGGGAUGUGAUACCGCCCUCAACGCCAUCGCUGAUAUCUGUGACCGUAUCAAGCAGUCGGCCAGCGGGUCCAAGAGGCGUGUCUUCAUCGUGGAGACCAUGGGUGGAUACUGCGGUUACCUAGCAACCAUGAGUGGCUUGGCCGGAGGAGCUGAUGCAGCGUACAUCUUUGAAGAACCCUUCACUAUAAGGGAUCUAGAGCUUGAUGUGACUCAUUUGGCAGCCAAGAUAGCUGAUGGUGUGCAGAGAGGUCUCAUCCUCAGGAAUGAGAAAGCCAGCAGCAAUUUCACCACUGAGUUCCUCCAGCGUCUGUACUCUGAGGAGGGCAAGCAUCUCUUUACCACAAGGAUGAAUGUACUCGGUCACAUGCAGCAGGGUGGUAGUCCGACUGUGUUUGAUCGUAACAUGGGCACCAAGCUGGGGGUCAAAGCAUCAAACUUCCUCCAGGAAAAGGUCAAGGAAUUCUCCAAAGAUGGUGGCGUGUUCACAGACUCUGAUGAUACUGUAUGUUUGUUGGGCAUCUCUCAGAGAGUGGUUGGCUUCACACCAGUCAAGUUGCUUGAGAAAUACACAGACUUUGAGCAUCGCAUCCCAAAGAACCAGUGGUGGAUGAAAUUGCGCCCUCUGUUGAGGAUCUUGCCAAGCAUGUAGAGAUCUACGAAGCCGAGACGGAGGGUGUGGCCCAACCAAUAGAAUAGAUGCACCAGAGUUACAGUGGAGAGCUGAAUCGUCCAAACCCAGCCUUGAGAACCAUCCUCUGCUAUGU